AUGGCGACUCCUCCGCCAGACUCUUCGGCUGUGGAGAACAAACCUCAACCAUCACCCGCCGUCGAAGAGGUGACUCUCCAUGAGGACUUGCUAGGUGGCACCGCGGUUCUAGAAACCAAACCUGUCACGGUGAAGCUUCCUGAAACCAUGUCAGAGCCACAGGUAAAUCAAGCUGUUGUGGAUGAAAAUCAUCCCCUUUCGCCCGCUGUGACGGGUGAUGGGCUCCAUCAACCCCUGCCAAAUGGCGUGAAUGGUUCUGCUGAGGGAGCGGAUGCUUCAGCCAAUGAAGGAUAUCCCCCAAACUCCCCGCCAACAACACAGGAAACAGCUUCUUUAGCAGGACCGGAGGCAGCAGUCCCAACCUCCACAGCACCAGAGCCAGAACCUGUAUUGCAAACUGUGGCAGAUCUGCCAUCAUCUAACCAACCGGAGGAGGUGUUUGUUCCACUGACAGAAACACUCCCUGUUGUUGCUGAGAAUGAGGGCGUGAGUGAAGCUCCCAAACCAUCUUCGGAGCCUGCCAACGUGCUAUCGCCUUCUCCCCUCAAUUUCCAGCCAAUUCCAGAAAACUCUCCUGUAGACACGACAAUGAAAAAGCCAGAAGCUGCUCCUGCAAGUGAGCCACUUCCACCUUCUACGAGCGAAAAUCAGCGGUCACUACCCGUUAUUCAAAAGGAGCAUACUAUCACACCGCCGGAACCUCAAAAAGAGGAGAUCCCAUCACCUCCGGCUCCUCAAAAUGAAACUACCCCUGUUCCUGACAUCAUCCCUUCUCAACCCGUUCCUACCACGACGAACUUGCCUUCUCUUUCUCCACUGUCCCCUGGAAGUACAUCUGCGGCUAUGGCGGCCCUGGAGCAGGAAGCGGCACCUAAACCCGAGCCUGCUGAGCCUGCUGAGCCUGCCCCUGUAUCUGAAACUGUGAAGCCUUCACAGGUCGAGGAACAGCCACAGGAGGACCAAGAGAUGGUAGAUGCCCCCCCUGCACCACCAAGAAAGGUUUCACGGGAACGGGAAGAGGAUGUAGAUGAGGAACCCUCCUCAAAGCGUGCCAAGACAGAUGACUCUGCGCCUGCUGCGCCAGAAUUUAAAGUUCCUGAGCUUCCCACUCAAACCGCCGCCCCCGCAAGUGAGGCUUCUCAGCCGACAAGCCCUGUCACAAAAUUGCAGACAAGAUUUUUGACUCGAUGCCUUCAAGGCCUGAAACGUCUUCAUGACGCUAGAUUUUUCCGAGAGCCGGUAGACGCUGUUAAGCUGAAUAUUCCAAACUACCCCCUUAUCAUAAAGAAUCCUAUGGAUUUGCGAACCAUGGAAGAUAAGCUAAAGCAGGGAUCAUAUGCUUCAGUUGAUGCAGUUAUUGCGGAUUUCAACUUGAUGAUUGAGAACUCUGUCACGUUCAAUGGAGCCGACCAUGUGGUUAGCAUGGAAGGCCGAAAUCUCAAGCAGAACUUUGAGCGCCAUCUGUCUAAACUCCCCAAGGCAGAUGAAGUGGAAGUGACUCCUGCGGAAAAGAAGGCCAAGAAGACGGCUACUGCUCCUACUAAAACCCAGCCUGCCCGACGUGAGUCGAGAGGUUCUGCGGGCAAUAAUGCACGUCCUGCACCUGCUGUAUCUCCUACGACGACGUUUGCGCUUGGUCCUGAAGGACUGCCUCUCAUCCGUCGGGAUUCCAGCACUGCUGAUGGGAGGCCUAAGCGCUCGAUUCACCCUCCAAAAAAUCGCGAGCUACCCUAUAGCGCGAAGCCGAAAAAGAAGAAAUACCAAUGGGAGUUGAAAUUCUGCCAAGAAGUGCUUGACGAGCUUCACAAACCUAAACAUUAUCUCAUCGCUGCACCAUUCUACCACCCUGUUGACCCAGUUGCGCUGAAUAUUCCAACUUACCAUAGUGUAAUUAAGAAACCUAUGGAUCUGCAGACUGUCCAAACUAAGCUACGGACCGGUCAGUAUGAGAAUGCAAAGGAGAUGGAAGCUGAUAUCCGCCUAAUGUUCAAAAAUUGCUACAAGUUCAACAUCCCUGGAGAUCCGACAUUCAACGCUGGAAAAAGCAUGGAAGAAUUGUUUGACAACAAGUGGAGCCAGAAACGUCGUUGGAUCGAAGCUCACGAACCUACCUCCGGCCAUCAAAGCCCUGGCACGUCUGACAAUGGCAGUGAUUUUGAGGGUGAGGACAGUGAGGAAGACAAUGACCAGGAGAAAUUGAACCAGCUCCAGAAACAAAUUGCGGAGAUGUCUAAACAGGUCGAGGCGAUUACUCAAAAGAAAAAGAAGACCCCCCCAAGUAGCACAAAGAAAUCAAGCAAAUCGAAAUCCACCAAAAAGGAUACCGCCAAGAAAGGAUCUGGCGGCGGGACUGGUGGUGGUGCAUCUGGGAGGAAAGAUAACAAGAAGAGCGGUUCCAAGUCAAGCAAAUCUGAGAAGCAACACUGGGUUACGUAUCGCGAAAAGCAAAUUAUCUCUAACGGCAUCAGCAGUUUGCCUGAGAAGAGAAUGACGGAGGCCCUUAAGAUUAUUCAGUCAAACGUUCCAGGGUUAAAGGAUACCAAAGAAGCCGAAAUAGAACUUGACAUUGACGAACUACCCAAUGAAGUCCUCCUUGUCUUGCUCAAAUUUGUCAAGAAACAUGCUCCUGCAGCUAUGGAGAUUGAUGAACCGGAACCAGAUCCCGCGCCCAUCGUGGCGUCAUCGAAGCCCAAGAAGAAUAAGCCCAUGAGCAAGUAUGAGCAAGAGGCCCGUAUUAAUAGCAUCGAAGGUACUAUCUCUCGUUUCCAGGGGGGAGGUGGGAAAUCGCAACUUUCGCCUGAGCCUAUUCAAUCUGUUGAAGCCGCUGAAAGCAGUGAAGAUGACGAUGACUCCGAGGAGAGUGAAGAAGAGUAG